AUGGUUCUCAUGAAAGGUGCUUCCUCAGCCUGCCAUACUCUCAGCUGCAUCUCUCCACCUGACACAAGGAGUUCCUCUCCUUCUACCCUUGGUCUCCUACUCAAAUGCCAUUUUGAAAAUGUCUUAACCAUUACGACUGCUGUGGAAGUAAAACUGUUUGCAGAGUUCUUCCUGGAGACGAUGGACCUUUCAGUAUGGCAUUCAGAUGCGAUGAAGAUGAUGGAAGAAGACUUUAUUAUGGUUAAGACUGGUGAUUCUGAUGAACCGUAGACAUUUAAAAUUGAAUUCACAAUGUCACUGUUUAACCCUUUUCUUUUUAACCGCAUCUCUGUAUAAACAUGAACAUUAAUUGGCAAUGAUUAAAAAACUUUAUCCGAAGCAAAAUAAUCAUGUAUCACAAGUAGCCAAGCAAAGUUGGUUCGUAACUUUGUUUAGAAGGAAUAUUUAUCAUAUGUAAACCAAAUUUAUAAUUGGUUAUACAAUAAGAUGAAUAAUGUUUAAAAGUUUUAAAGAAAUGCUGUUCAUCGAUAUUAUUUUAAAAGAAAACUAUUCUGAAAUAAUCAUAAUUAAGCAUCCAUAAAUGAUCUAUAUGAAAUGUAACAGAACACCAGUCUAAACGGAACUGUAUUCAUCAUUAAAAGAAAAAGUAGUACCAUAUCAUAAAGGAGAAUAUCCUAAUAUUACAAUUAAAUUACAAUAUCUUUAUUAUUUUUGGGAUUUACAAGUUUUUCUGUUUGUUUUAAAAUACAGUCUAUAUUCACAGUUCUGUAUCUAUCGGGCUACUUUUUCUUUUAAUGUGUUAUAUGUAAACUGUAAGACUGAUAUAGUAAUUUAAAUAUAAGAUGCUGUGAUAGACUUAAAAACAUUCAUUCGAAAAUUAUUACAGAGAAGUUUUAUAAUUAUAUUUAUUUGUAUUUAUUAAUAUUUUGCAUUGAAGUUAUUAUGAACUAUGAUUGUGAAAUUCAUGAGUAAUUAAGUAGAUCUGAAAUGUAGAAAAUAUAAAUUUUAUAUUUA